GAAAGGAGGCAAAAAAGGGAUAUGUCUCGAAGAAUCAUCAAGGCACCUAUGCCAGAUCCUGGGAUUUUCGAUCUCAGUGUGACUAGCAUCGAGACUGUGGACACGUUCAAUGAUGAUGAAGUCGUUGUGAAUCUCGAUCAAGGGAACAGUUUGCAUCCAUCAAUGACCAAGACACCUGGUUCUGCUCCUCGUGAAGAACUUCCUUUGCCUCAAUCCAAAGCCCAAAUCUCUCCAGAGUUUCAAACUUAUAAAGUGGCCAAAGAAAUCCAACCCAAUGAAUUUUUGGGGUUCCUGGAUAAUGGGAUCCUGAGCAAAUCGACGAUUACUCCGACAACUAAAUCACAAUUAGAGGACAGAAAGGAUACAAAAAAGGUUCGAAGGUCAGAUUCCAAAACGUACGAUUUGUACAAAACCGUGAUGGGCAAAAUGUUCCGGAAAGAUUCGAUCAACAUUACGCAAAACAACGCCAAAAAUGACUACAUCGCUCAAGACACCAUCCACACAUCGUCAUCCAACAAAGACCAUGAGAUUGAAAACCAAGAGAGUACAAUCGUUAAUGGGAACAAUUGUGCUCAAGAUCCAGUCCUGGUUCGUUAUCUUUUGUGUGUGAUGCUGUUCCUCGUUUACAAUGGUGUGCUUAUCGGAGCCUUGUUCUAUUCCAUUGAGAAUAAUCUGACGAUCCAUUGGUGCCAUGAUGUGGGAUUCUUGCUUUCAAUCUCGAUUGUCCUCUACACGUUCAUUCUCUACAAAUUCCUCUUCAAACGUUUCUUGGGGAACAGCUUCAGGCGAAACGUUUCCAAGCCAGUGUUGGAACUUUUUGGAGAUCUUCAAGUGAUUGCUUACCUUCCAUGGACUCUCGGAGCAGCUCUCAUCAUCUCUGUGGUGGCAUUUCUGAUCGUGGAUACUCAACAUCAACGCCAAAGAAUGAUAUCUUUGCUUGGUGUUGCGAUUGCUCUCAUUUUGGCUGGAUUGUUCUCGCAAAAGCAUAGCCGAAUCAAAUGGAGAUUAGUAGGAUUCGCCAUGACUUUCAAUUUCCUACUGUGUCUCAUAUCUUUCCGAUAUCCAAUGGUAGCAGAUGGACUAGGUUGCUUACUAGAGAAAUCUCAAUCCCUGAUGCGAAUCCCGCAGUUUGGAGCCACUUUCUUGUUGGAAAGACAAGGGUUGAUCCAAAACUCGGAUAGUGUUUUGGCUCGAAGAAUGUUGUAUGUGAAUUACACCAAUGAUUUACUGCCCACAACUUGGAACGAUUUUGAAAGAGAGGUCCAUCCCUUGAACCAAAGCUACACUUCAGUGUUCCUGACCAGCAUGAUAUCCAUCUAUUUUGUCAAUUUCAUUGCGGUUGCUUUUCAACGUCUUGGUGUCACUCAUUGGCUCAUUGGCCAUGUGGGAGGUUUGGGUCGUUUCUUUUUGGGCGUGUCACGCUUGGAAGCCUUGGCCAUGGUAGCUUUCAUGUUCUUGGGGCCCUUGGAGGCUCCGUUAUUUAUUCAAGCUCAUAUGGAAGAUCUCACUCAAUCCGAGUUAUUCUCGAUUUACAUAUUGGGCUUGAUAUCGUUGCACAACCCUGCAAUUCUCAAAGACAUCUACAUGGAGACAUUGGGACUGAACCGAGGGGAGUUGGCUGUGAUUAGUCUUGUGGGAAUCUUCUCGGCUAUGGCUCUGGCCAAACUUUUGAAGCCGGAAAACAACGAGGACAAGAUCAACACUUAUUCCAUCAAACGGCAGCUAGAGUCACAUUAUCAGAAAAACAAGGAAAAUCUCGACAGCCUUAACGUGGUGGAUGCAGCCUUACGAUCAACUAGUACCUCCACAUCCAUCAUUUUGUCAGCGGUUGGUCAUCUUAUGUGUCUACUUUCCUUUACUUAUCUCCUUGAUUCAUUGGUCCACUGGUUCGGAACAUUAUUUGGCAGCCCUGAUUUGAGCAUGGGAUACGUGACGGGAAGAAUGUUCCAGCCCUUUGCCUGGUUCCUGGGAAUUGAUUGGGAUCAUUGUGAAAUGGUAUCCGGACUAGUCAUGACCAGAUUGUUCCGGACCGAUGUUAUGGUCUUGAAAAAACUUGUCCAUUUGUUCCGCACACAAGUGAUUGAAAUGAGAACCUUCCAAAUCACUUUGUUCACCAUCACAAAUAAUGUGAAUAUUGCCGGCUACGCCAUAGUCAUCGCCUCUCUGGGAUCCCUGGCUCCAAAUCGUAGAAUAGAAAUCAUCAGUUUGUCUGGACGAUGUCUGGCCGCUGCUUUCUUAUCAACCUUCCUGACAGGUUGUCUCAUUGGUACGGUUGUUAAUUGAAAUAUACCUUACUUUUGAUACUCCAAUUACAAGUUAUGCUAACGAAUUUCGGAUCAACCAUUUCUUUGGUAACACCCCAGGUAAAAUGCGCGAAGUUGGUGUAAUUCCUUAAAUGUAUUAAGCGCUUUCUUUGCGCGUU